AUGUUCUUUCGUCAAUUGCUUCAGUCUGUUGAGACGCGUGACGGACUAUGGGCGUGGAUUGUUUGCUUUGCUAGUUUUGGUCUCUUUUUCUGUGUGGGUGGAGUUCGCCUGACGUUCGGUGUCCUCUACAUCGGUCUUUUGGAGUCAUUUACUAGCGAUUCCAAUGCGUCUAUCGGACAAGCUCUCAACUUCAGCAGAAACGUUACAAGUGAUAGUACUCUGAGUGGAGACUUAGCUUGGGUAGGAUCAGUGUCUCUGCUGGUCGGUUGUUCAUUGGCACCACUGGCUGUUUCAUUUGUGGCUAAGGUUGGAGCAAGACCGAUGAUCUUUACUUCAUCAAUACUGUUGAUUAGUGGACUGACAUUGACAUCAAUUGCAACAGAGAUAUGGCAUCUAUUUCUAACAUACAGCAUUCUGGUUGGCAUUCAUGUAUGUGUCGUUUAUGUUGUUUGUUGGGGUGUGUUGCCUCUUUACUUUCAAAAGAGAAGAGCACUAGCUAUUGGACUGGCCAACAGUGGGAGGUAUGUUGGAAUGGCAGUAGUCGGUCCAAUCAGUCGGAUUACUAUGGCACAAUAUGGGUGGAGAAAGUGUCUUCAGUUGUUGUGCUUGUUAGGAAUAAUUAUGGUUAUCUGUGGGAUUUUGUAUCGACCACUAAAGACACCAUCAAAAAUGAAUGCGGGCAGGAACCAAAAAAAUAGUUUGAGUAUUGGACAGAUUGUUGUGAAGUCCAUUAAACUUCAUAGAGAUCCAUUACUUACAUUUUGGCUACUAAUGACAGCUCUAUUGUACACUGCCUACUUUGUUCCAUCAUAUCACAUUGUUCGUCAUGCUGAAGACAAUCUGAAAGUCAGCGAGGAAAGAUCUGGAUUUCUGCUCACAGUGAUGGCCGUGUCUGCUGCUGUUAGUACAAUGACAGUUGGUCUCAUAUCUGAUUAUUUUGUUCUGGCAUUCAAGAUUGUACUUCUACAAGUUCUACUUCUGCUUGCAGGAAUAUCUACAAUGUUAUUUUCGUUUUAUCAGACAUUCACACUUCUAACAAUUUAUGUGAUGGUUUAUGGUGUGGCGACAGGAUUUACUGCUCUCAUACCUGUUAUUGUAGCAGCUGUUGUAAGUGAAGAAGAGACUACUCUUGCAGCAGGUUUGGCCAGUUUCUAUGUGAGUGCAGCAGUUAUUGGCCCACCAAUUGCAGGAUGGAUGUAUGACAGUAGUGGUACCUACAACGAUAGCUUCUUUCUCUUUGGACUAAUACUUGUCACAGCUGCCGUCACUAUCAGUCUGCAUCAUGUCUUUGCUCGGUUACAAGUAAAAUCGUGUGAGCGAAAACAGAGGACAUUACCUAGCCAACACAAUGAUGAUCAGGAGGAAAAAGAUAUUCUGGAGUUUUGCGUAGUGAUGACCAAAGAAACAACUGUCUAGCUACUGCUGACAAAUGCUUUUAUGUAGUUGUAAAUAAAUACAAGAAUCAAACUCUU